CAGAUUGAUUUUCUCCGGUCAGCUGACGUUCAGCCAUCGAACGAUGUGGUUAACGUUUCGUACGAUUUUCAACGGUCAAUUUUAGCUAGCAGUAGAAACGAGAUGGCAAAGAGGUCCUCGGUAAAACGGUAUCGGGAAAGGUACAAGAUUAAUCGGUUGUAAAUGGUGAUCAAGAAUCGUUUGCUUCGCAUUCAAAGAGAAAACAUGACCUCGUCACCCUCGUCCAGCACCAGUUCCGCGUACGCCAGUACCGACGAUGUUCGUCAGUAUUAUGGCAACGACAAACGAAACUUCCUCGAUUCGGACGAUGUUGGAACCGCUCGACUUUUGCGUUCGUAUUCGCCUGGUCGCAACAGAACGAACGGAUUCUUCACGAGACACUUUGUCAACAAGUUUUACCUCACAACUAAAAAUAUUAUAAUAGUUGGUAUAGUAUUGGCAACGAUGAUUCUCGCGAUAAUAGCGAUUUGCAGUAUUUAUGGAAUCAACAGCGAGUUGGUAAUACAGGAAAACGAAGUAGUACCACCUGAUCCUGAAGAAAAUUUACCUCCAUCGUGGAGUAAGCUGAGAGUAUUUAAACGAGGGGCUGUUUGCGCGGAUGGCGCGCCAUGCGCUGCUAUUGGAAAAACGAUUUUAGAGAAAAAUGGUUCAGCGGUGGAUGCUACUAUAGCUUCGAUGAUUUGCAACGGUCUCGUAAAUAUGCAAAGCAUGGGUAUUGGAGGUGGAUUCUUUAUGACAAUUUACGAUAAAGCGGCAGGACGUGCAUACACAUUGAUCGCAAGGGAUCGAGCUCCUUUGGCAGCCCAUGCUACCAUGUUUGAAGGAAAACCCAAAGAAGCAUCGUUUAUCGGUCCGUUAGCCAUCGGCACUCCUGGAGAAGUGGCAGGUUACUGGGAAGCUCAUAAACGUUUUGGUAGAUUACCUUGGGCUGAUUUAUUCAAACCUACGAUCGACCUGUGCGAGGAAGGGUACAACUUGACAAAUAUCCAAUACGACGGAUUCAGAUAUAAUUCGCAGAAUAUUUACAAGGAUCGCGUACUAAAGCAGUUGUUCGUCGAUCCGCAGACUAAUGAUUUCUACAAACCAGGAUCAAUUAUCAGGCCAAAGGUACUUUGCAAGACCCUGAAAAUGAUUGCUGAAAACGGCGCGUCAGAAUUCUACAACGGUACCAUAGGCCAGCUUCUAGUGAAAGAUUUGCAAGAAAAAGGGUCAAUAAUAACGAUGAAAGACUUGAACGAAUAUAGAGCGACGUGGGAAGAGCCACUGCAGACAAAUAUCUCCAAUGGAGUAAAAGUGUACACUGUCGGUAUGCCUGCCAGCGGGGGUCUGCUGACGUAUAUCUUAAAUAUUUUAGAUAAUUUUCAAUUCUCCACCGAUAGCAUAGCCGAUUACAACCGAACGAUUCUUACAUAUCACAGAAUCAUAGAAACAUUCAAGUACGCUUACGCGUUAAGAAAUGACAUGGCUGAUAAAGACUUCGUUGACAUGAAGGAAUUAACCGAGAACCUGACGUCGAGGAGCUACGCGUACAAAACUCGAAUGAAGAUAGACGAUCAUAGAACGUGGGAUGAUCCAAAACAUUAUGGAGCAUCUACGCUAAGCGUUGCGAAGGAUCAAGGAACCGCGCACGUUUCAGUAUUAGCACCGAAUGGAGACGCAGUAUCAGCCACUGGUACAAUUAAUUUCUACUUUGGAAGUGGAAUAACCAGUGAAAGUACUGGAAUAUUACUAAACAACGCAAUGAAUGAUUUCGGUAUACCAUCGACGAUCAACUACUUCAACAUUCCACCUAGUCCAAAUAAUUACAUUGCGCCUGGAAAGAGACCUUUGUCAUCGAUGGUACCCUCAAUUUUGGUUGACUCCGAUGGCAACGUGAAAAUGGUCAUCGGAGCCUCUGGUGGCACUAAGAUCACCACGACUGUUUCUCAAAUAGCGGCCAAGAUCAUGUGGAUGGGACAAACGGUGAAGGAGGCCGUGGACGCACCGCGAAUACAUCAUCAACUGUUCCCAAAGGAGGUGGCUUACGAAUACGGCAUUCCAAAGCAAGUGAUAGAUGGUUUAAAGAAGAUAGGUCACAAAACCGCGAGAUACAGAAUCCGCGGUAGCGUGGCGUGUGUAAUUUUCGUUGAUAACAAUACCGUUUAUGCGAACGCGGACUUUCGAAAGGGCGGUGACGUGUACGGGUUCGAUUAAACCCAUUCGAAUAAUUAUCGAUAAUAUAUAAACAUUAUCUUCCAGUAUAAGGUAUAGGUCUUUAAACAUAAAAGCCAAUGUUGACUACAAGUAUUGUUUCAUUCUUCGACACUAAAUUUUUAAAUCUUUGACUUUGAAAACUACGUUAUAAAAUUUGUCCUAUAUGAAAUUGUGCGAAUUUGAAUGUUCUCAAUAAAGUUUUUCCACGUGUUACCUC